CGAGGCCUGAACAAAAAGUCUUGGCAUCUUUUGGCACCGUCUGGCAAGAUCUGGCACAAAGGCACACUACAAAAAAAUUACAAAUAACAUAAUCCAGAAGUGCCGAGAUAAUACCCAGAACCUCCAUAAUUUCGUGUUUUUUUUACAUUUUAUUUUCGAGUUCUUAUAGAUCAGUGGAUUUAGGCUGCUGAGUCUUUUUCUAUAUUUUGUUUUGGGUGAUAGAGUAAUGAUAACUUUGGGUAAUUUCUCUCCCACACAGACACACACACACCAUUUACUUACCUCAGUCAUUCAUGCUUGAAUAAUGUAUCAUUUCCCUGUUAAAAAAAAAAAAAAAAAGAACCACGUAGUAUUAACUCCGGGUGAUAACAAGCACGAUAAAGUUUAUAUAAGGGUGCGGCCGUGAUCGAGGCAGGACUGAGCCGGAGUCUGUUUGGCAAUUGACGUCCAGCGAAUCUUCUGAGAAGCUAAAAGGGCGAGAUGAGUCUUCUAAGGUUUACGUUUGCUGUUGAAGAAAGAUGUACAGGUUAUGGUCAAGAAAGAUGUACAGGUUAUGGUGAGGAAAGAUGUACAGGUUAUGGUGAGGAAAGAUGUACAGGUUAUGGUCAAGAAAGAUGUACAGGUUAUGGCGAGGAAAGAUGUACAGGUUAUGGUGAGGAAAGAUGUACAGGUUAUGGUCAAGAAAGAUGUACAGGUUAUGGUGAGGAAAGAUGUACAGGUUAUGGUGAGGAAAGAUGUACAGGUUAUGGUCAAGAAAGAUGUACAGGUUAUGGUGAGGAAAGAUGUACAGGUUAUGGUCAAGAAAGAUGUACAGGUUAUGGUGAGGAAAGAUGUACAGGUUAUGGUCAAGAAAGAUGUACAGGUUAUGGUGAGGAAAGAUGUACAGGUUAUGGUCAAGAAAUAUGUACAGGUUAUGGUGAGGAAAGAUGUACAGGUUAUGGUGAGGAAAGAUGUACAGGUUUUGGUCAAUAAAGAUGUACAGGUUAUGGUGAGGAAAGAUGUACAGGUUGUGGUAUAGAAAGAUGUACAGGUUAUGGUGAAAAAAGAUGUACAGGUUAUGGUGAAGAAAGUCAUGGUCAAUCUGUGGGCGACGACCAGUAGUCUAAGGGGAGAGCUAUAGCCACAAAGACACGGAAGUCUUGCAGACCAGACGGAAUGUUGGGAACCUGGCACAGAGGCUUGGCUUGUUUGGGAUCGUGCAUCCGUUCGGGCCCCGUGUCAAAGGCUGAAGCGGAUGACGGGCUCCUUGAAUAUUAUUGUGUUACUA